UCUCACACUCAACUAAACAAGGAAAUAUGAUAUUAAUUACCAAAAUCUUGGAAAAAUAACAUUCAUUACUAAACAAGGAGACAAUUGAACUUUAAAAUAAAGUCUUUUUUAGAGCAUGCAAAGGUCAAUCGGUGGUUUUUACUUGGUAAAAUAUUGUCUUGAAGGAUAAUAUGCAAGAAAAAACUAACAAAAUGAUGAGAGACUGGGUAAGCUUACAUGCAUGAAAUCACGAAUCCAUGGACCUGGUCUUUCCAUUUUCUUGUAAUAAUACAGGGAGACCAGUUCUUUCUCUUACUUUAUUUCUCUUGGAACUGCCGGCACGCCACUGCGUUUGCCAAUUCAAUACUUAAACCUCCUUAAUGUCUCUACUUAUGUUCCUUCUCUUUUUGUUGAUUCUUAAUCACAACAAAAUAUCCAUAUGGCUAACUGGAUUCUAUUGCUCAUUUUCGUUUUAGUCUCAUUCUUUGUGCACAGUUCUCUCUCUCAGCCAUUAAAGGCCACCUGCAACGGUGUCUUCUUGUCCUACAACUACACCGGAGGCUAUCCUAUCCCGCCCACUGACCCCACCAACCAACCGUACCGGUUUGAAUCCACUGUGACCGUGCUCAACAACGGACGUGAUGAGCUCAAGUCCUGGAGUGUCUUUAUUGGCUUUCAAAAUAAUGAGCUCUUGGUCUCUGCGAACAAUGCUUUAUUGGCCGAUGGCAGGUCGUUGCCUGCUUUCGUAGGAAACGGUACCGUUUUAGUCGGAUCUCUUAACACUGACCUCAAAUCAGCCAUUGAGACUGCCGGAGAUGUGACCCAGAUGGAGGUUAUAAUCCAGCUUGUUGGAACCCGUUUUGGAAAUAGAACUGGAAAUUCAGAUGCUCCAUUGCCACUCGGUUUGACUCUGGCUAAUGAUGGCUACUCUUGUCCUGCUCCAACAAGACAAGGCACCGAGUUGCAGCUGUGUUGCAGUAGAGAUUUGAAUGUUAUACCAAAUGUCACGCUGGAAAAUUUCCAGCCCCGGGAAGAUGGUGACCUUAUAAUCAUGUAUGAUAUAAUCAGAACAUAUGACACAGAUUACUGGGCACAGGUGUCUAUCUCGAACCAUAAUCCUCUAGGACGUCUUCAAAAUUGGAAAUUAAGCUGGGAUUGGACAAGGGGUGAAUUUAUCUAUGCCAUGAAAGGAGCUUAUCCUUCUGUUGUUGACACAACAGACUGCGUUUUUGGUCCCCAAGGCCUCCACUACAAGGAAAUGGAUUUCUCUCAGGCAUUGAAUUGUGAGAGGAGCCCUACAAUCAUGGACUUGCCUCCAACAAGAGCAAAUGAUACACAGAUUGGCUUGAUUCCCUUCUGCUGUCGAAACGGGACUAUUCUCCCACCUAAUAUGGAUCCAGGCAAGUCUGUUUCAGCUUUCCAAAUGCACGUGUUCAAGAUGCCGCCAGACUUGAACAGGACAGAAUUCUUUCCACCUCUGAACUGGAAGAUAAAUGGCACAUUCAGUUCAGAUUUCCAAUGUGGGUCUCCGGUGCAGGUGAGCCCAAGCCAGUACCCUGACCCAAGUGGUUUGCCUUCAAGAACAGAAGCAGUAGCUAGUUGGCAAGUGAUUUGCAACAUAACACAUUUCAGGAAGGAGCUCCCAAAAUGCUGUGUAUCGUUUUCGUCCUUUUUCAAUGAUUCUGUUGUCCCUUGUAGCACCUGUGCUUGUGGCUGCAACAAUAACCCUAGUCAAACCUGCAACGCUAACGAACCAGCUCUUCUUCUACCAUCGGAAGCUCUUCUAGUCCCAUUUGAGAACCGGACUGCUAAAGCUUUGGAUUGGGCGGAAUUGAAAAGGAGGGAUGUGCCUAAUCCACUGCCAUGUGGGGAUAACUGUGGAGUUAGCAUAAACUGGCAUUUGCAAUCGGAUUAUAGAGAUGGCUGGACUGCAAGGAUCACCCUUUUCAACUGGGGUGAAACUGAUUUUGCAGAUUGGGUUGCUGCAGUUCAACUUGACAAAGCUGUGCCAGGAUUUGAAAAAGCCUACUCCUUCAAUGCAAGUGUCCUGCCUAACUCCAGCAAUGCCAUAUUUAUGCAGGGUCUUCCAGAUUUCAAUUACCUGGUGGCAGAAAGGGAUGGCCACAACCCAAGAAAAGAUCCUCGGGUUCCUGGCACACAGCAAUCAGUUCUCUCUUUCACUAAGAAAACUACACCUGGUAUUGAUGUGGCUGGUGGCGAUGGCUUUCCGACUAGAGUCUUCUUUAAUGGUGAGGAGUGUGCACUCCCUUCAACACGUCCCAACAAUGCUCGCAAGGCAAUUACAGCUAAUAGUAUUAGCUGCGCUCUAUUAGUUUUGGCCCUCUUUCUGAUGAAUUCGUAGCUGUUAUAAGGCAGAUUGUUCUCGAUCCUGAAAUUGUUUCCUGAUUAAUCUAAUUUUUGUUUGUUUGAUUA